GACAGCGCCGAGGUGCGCCGAGCAGGAGCCGCGAACAAAGGAGCGGAGUGGGGAGGGGAGCGAGUUAGGCGAGGGAGCGUCCCCGGCCCGCUGCCAGAAGAUCCCGGCGGGAGGAAGCCCGAGUGUCACUUGAAUUCCGCCCGAGGAGCGGGCGCCUGGGAUUCGAGUGCCGCCGUGUUUAGCAAUAACGGCUGGAGCGCGUCCUCCAAGUUACGGGAGAGUCGGCCGGGAAGGAGGACGACCGCUCGGCCCCUCCGUCCCCGCUCCUGGCCCCUGGAGACCCCCGCUGUCGCCUGGCACUGGCCGGGGAACUCCAGAAUGAAAAGCAAGAAAGGUGUUGUGGCCGCGUCUGGCAGUGAGACUGAAGAUGAUGACAGCAUGGACAGUCCCCUGGACCUCUCCUCUUCUGCUGGCUCAGGCAAGAGAAGGCGGAGGGGCAACCUGCCGAAGGAAUCAGUUCAGAUUCUCCGCGACUGGUUGUAUGAACACCGAUACAAUGCCUACCCCUCAGAGCAAGAAAAAGCGUUACUGUCCCAGCAAACACACUUAUCUACACUACAGGUCUGUAACUGGUUUAUCAACGCCCGGCGCAGGCUCCUCCCCGACAUGCUGAGAAAAGAUGGCAAAGAUCCAAAUCGGUUCACAAUUUCCCGCCGUGGGGCCAAGAUGACUGAAGCCAGCUCUGUGGAGUCAGCAGUGAGCAUUAGGAACCUCAUGCCAGCUCUAGAAGAGAGCCCGUUUCACUCCUGUACAGCUGGGCCCAACCCAGCCCUGGGGAGGCCACUGUCUCCUAAGCCGUCCUCCCCAGGAUCCAUUUUGGCUCGUCCAUCAGUGAUCUGUCAUACCACCGUGACUGCGUUAAAAGAUGUGCCUUUCUCUCUCUGCCAGUCAGUUGGUGUGGGACAAAACACAGAUAUACAGCAGAUGGCCAACAGCAGCUUUACAGACACCUCCCUCAUGUACGCAGAGGACUCCUGUAAAUCUGGACCAAGUGCAAACACACAGAGUGGUCUUUUCAACACUCCUCCCCCUACUCCACCGGACCUCAACCAAGAUUUCAGUGGAAUUCAGCUUCUGGUAGAUGUUGCACUCAAACAGGCUGCAGAGAUGGAGCUUCAGGCAAAACUUAUGGCUUAACCCCCCCUUUUUUUUCCCCAAGCAAAACAGUUCUCAAAAAAAUGUUAUGAUUGCUGGGAUGAUAGCAAAAGAUGAAUUGCAUUAUUUUAUAUAUUUUUUUAUUAAUAUUUGCACAUGGGAUUGCUAAAAUGAAGCUUCCUGUUACUGAAAUGUCGUCAAUGGAAUACAGUCAUUCCAAGAACUAUAAACUCAGAGCUACUGUAGAAACAAAGGGUUUUCUUUUUUUAAUGUUUCUUGGUAGAUUAUUCAUAAUGUGAGAUGGUUCCCAAGAUCAUGUGAUUUUUUUUUCCCCCUUCCCUUCCCUUUUUUUUUGGUUGAUGUUUUUUUCAGACUGUGCAAUACUUAGAGAACCUAUAGCAUCUUCUCAUUCCCAUGUGGAACAGGAUGCCCACAUACUGUCUAAUUAAUAAAUUUUCAAUUGUUUUUUCAAACAAGUAUGAAUCUAGUUGAUUGAUGCAUUUUUUUCAUGACAUAAUAAAGUAUUUUCUUUAAAAA